CGGAAGUUUACCGGGCUGAGCAUUAAAUUAAUUAUUUUCUCGUUCUAGGGUUACACUAAUUAGUUAAUUGUUGUGACGUCAGAAGCUAGUUAUGUCAUUACCCUUUAUGAUGUCAUUUACAGAAGUCACUUUGUUGAAAUCACAUCCCGGAGCGUUUUGUCUUCAGAUGUAAAACAAAGCUUGAGACUUAAAGAUGUCGAAAAACAAAGUUCACCCCGUUACUGUAACGAUACCUGAGACAACUGAGACAGCUGAGGCAGCUGAUACAUCCAACACGAGCGAGGAACGCGAGAAGUGGCAUAAGAAAGCCGAGUUUCUUCUCUCUUGUAUAGGAUAUGCUGUGGGCCUCGGCAAUAUUUGGCGAUUUCCUUAUCUAUGCUAUAAACAUGGCGGAGCCUCUUUCUUAAUUCCAUAUUUCCUGACCCUGAUAACCUGUGGCAUUCCACUCUUUUAUCUUGAACUGGCUCUGGGACAAUACCUGAGCCUCGGUCCUGUCAAAGCUUGGGCAGUGGUUUGCCCCGUCCUUGCAGGUUUGUCAUAUAAAAUAUCCUUUGUGUUCACGGAAACCAUCAUGUCAGCUUUGAUGGAGAGCUUUACCAAACUGCGACCUUACAAAGGAUUUUGUUUAUUUUUCUUGUGUAUCAUUCAAUAUCUUGUCGGACUGUCUUGCGUCACCCAGGGUGGCAUCUACGUGCUGAAUAUAUUUGACAGCCAAAGUGGCGGUCUAUCUUUGAUCUUUAUGGUUAUUUUUGAGGCUGUCGCAGUCAGCUGGGGAUAUGGCGUGGAUAAGUUCUGUAAUAACAUCAAAUCGAUGAUCGGCAAGAAACCAAAUAUUGAGGCUUGGGGGAAUUUCACCUCCAACUGCACCUCCAUCGGUCAGCCGUUGAACUGUACAAUGAAGCUUACAUCUCCUAGUGAGGAAUUCUGGGAGCGUUAUAUUCUUGCUAUUUCAAGUGGUAUUGAUGAGCCAGGUGAAUUGCGGUUGCCGCUGGUCAUCUGUCUGUUGAUCGCUUGGACUGCUGUGUUCUGUUGCCUUUAUAAGGGAAUCAAAUCUUCUGGCAAGGUUGCUUAUUUCACAGCGAUUUUCCCCUACGUUGUGCUCUUCGCCCUGCUUGUCCGGGGGGUCACUCUUCCUGGCGCAGUCGAUGGAAUCAUAUUCUACCUCAAACCUGACUUCAGCAAACUUUUGCAGCCACAGGUAAGAUGACUUAUGCGCAUGCACUGAUUGAUUUGCUCCAAUGAAGAUA